AUGGCUUCCCGACUUGACCGUCUCGUUACGCUACUCGAGACGGGCAGUACUCAAUUGAUUCGUAAUACUGCUGCUCAGCAGCUUGCAGAUGUGCAGAAACAACAUCCAGAUGAGCUGUUUAAUUUGCUCGGGCGCAUCCUGCCAUAUCUCAGAUCCAAGUCCUGGGACACAAGGACGGCUUCUGCCAAAGCUAUUGGAUUGAUCGUCGCUAACGCAGAUCUCUAUGAUCCAAAUGAGGACGAUGGGCUUCAGAUUAAGUCUGCAGCAGAUGAAGAUGAUGUGGAGAUCAAGUCCGAGGUAAAAUCAGAGGAGCCUGUUCCGGCCGAUGAUUUCCUCAAGCUCGACACCCUAGACAUCCCUGCUGUAUUAAAAUACGGCAAGCGGCUGCUUGGGGGUGCAGGAAAGGAGUAUGAAUAUUCGCUCGCAUCAAUGGAACCGGCUGCACGCUUGCAGCAUCAAAAGAAGACAUUGACUUCGCGUCUGGGACUCGAAGGCGAGUAUCUCGAAGAAGACUUGGUUGAAGACAUCGAGAUGGCACCCAAAGUGGUAACGCCUGCUCCCAAGCAUGAACCGAUUAUCCCGCCUGUCUCUCGUCAAAACACUUUGCAAGAUGCGGCCUCUCGUCGACCUUCUUCGCCUAACGAAAAUGCGAUCAAGGAAGACGGAGGGCUGAGCAAGCGACAGCUCAACCAGCUGAAACGAAAGAACAAACAGAAUGCUAAAAUGGGAGCUAACAAAGUGCGUGUCGUGGAUCUGUCUUCCCGCCGACAAUCCGAGGCUGUCACAACUCCUGUCACUACAACUCCACAUCCCAUCAAGGCUGAGAAUGGAGAGGAUCAGAAUGGCGAGACAAAACCCGAUUAUUUCUCCUUCGAACGUACAGAGGAAGACGAUGACUCAAAGCUCGUCUCUGAAUUCAAAGGGGCCGCUGUCCCAGAGCGAUCUCAUAUCGAACCGGAGAUUGUAGAUCAGGGCGCAGGAUGGCCUCUUGAACACAUGUGUGAAUUCCUGACCAUGGACAUCUUCGACUCGAACUGGGAAGUCCGACAUGGUGCAGCAAUGGCCUUGCGUGAAGUUAUCAGGGUUCAGGGUGUGGCAGCUGGCCGCCUGGAUGGGAAAAGUCGGUUAGAAAACGAUGCACUCAACCGCCGGUGGUUGGACGACCUUUCAUGCCGACUGCUAUGCGUUCUGAUGCUUGACCGAUUCGGCGAUUAUAUUUCGGACAAUGUGGUCGCCCCAAUUCGUGAGACCGUGGGUCAGACUCUUGGUGCUCUUCUCUCACACUUACACCCUAACUCAGUCCGAUCGGUCUAUCGAUGCCUAUACCGGAUCAUAAUGCAGACCGAUUUGGGGCUGGAUCGCCCUGUAUGGGAAGUUUGCCAUGGUGGUAUGAUUGGACUGCGAUAUCUUGUCGCUGUCCGAAAGGAUCUGCUCAUCAAGGAUUCCAACAUGAUGGACGGGGUCUUGGAGGCUGUCAUGAAAGGCCUUGCUGAUUAUGAUGACGAUGUCCGGGCCGUUAGCGCGGCUACACUUGUUCCUAUUGCGGAGGAGUUUGUUUGUUCACGGACUGGCACUCUUGGCCCUCUGAUGAACAUCGUCUGGGACUGUCUUUCCAAUCUGCAAGACGAUCUCAGUGCCAGCACAGGCUCUGUGAUGGACCUUUUGGCCAAGCUGUGCACUUUCUCGCAAGUUUUGGAUGCAAUGAAGGCCAACGCCGCUGAUGACAUGGAAGCAUCAUUUGGCAAGCUCGUCCCCCGCCUCUACCCAUUCCUCCGUCAUACCAUCACCAGCGUUCGUUCAGCCGUCCUUCGGGCUCUCAUGACAUUCUUGAAGCUGGAGGGCGAGGGCACCACCGAUUGGGUAGAUGGCAAGGCAUUGCGCUUGAUUUUCCAAAACCUUCUCGUGGAGCGCAAUGAGGGUGUAUUGAAACUAUCUGGUCAAGUUUGGUCCGAGCUCCUCAAUGCCGUCGAGCUACGUGGUUCAUUCAAAACCGAAGUGGAAUUGUCAGACUCUAUUCAACCUCUUGUCACACUAACCUUGGGCGCUUUCGGUGUUCCCCGGUACCCAAUCCCUAUGAACUCCUCUCUCUUUAUCAAACCGUCUGGCCUGCCAUUCUCUAUUGCUGCCUCCGCUCCUACUCCUUCCAAGACCUCACCUCCUGCUUCUGCUUUAGGCGGCACUGAGACCAAGGUAGGCCGAAGACGCAAAUCGGAAAAGAAGGAGAAAGAAGCACCCCCAGCGUCAGCUCAUAACGUUGAUGGACACAUGCUCUCCGGUGACAUUGAUCUUGUUGGUUCAGAUACCAUGCUAAGAUCCAAGAUCUACGCCGCAAAGGCGCUGGGUGAGUUGAUAUCUUUCUGGGAUAAGAAUGAUCUACCAAGUCUAUGGCCUGCAAUUAUGGAUGGUCUCAAUGUCUCUGCCUCCACGACACAACUCGCUUCGGCAAUGGUUAUGGAAGAGUAUGCUCGCCGAUCUGGAUCAGAGAGCAAAUACCGAUCGUACUUGUGUGACCGUCUUCGACCGAUUCUCGAAGGGGACCGCCCAUCCUGGUAUGCGGAUAUUGCUUGCUACCUCCAUGUCGCGCGCGCUCAGUGCCAUUCGUUGUUGAACACUUUCCGGGAUCACGCGCAUGUUGCACCUUCCCGGCUGCCAACCUUGGCUGUCGUUGUUCAGGGCGACUCGGAAGCCGGGCCUAAUGCAUUCUCGUUGGCGGAUGCCGAGAAGAUCGUUGGUCCCGACUUUGAUCGACUGAAGAAGAACUUGACACCCGCUCAACGAAUCACCGCUACUCAAGUCCUGACUGAUACUCGCAUUACUGCCCAAACCGCCGUUGAUGAGGCCCGAUUGAUGAGAGAGCAGCGGGAUAUGCGUGUUCUAGCAGCCACUGCCGGUGCCUUGGUUGCGUUGCGAGAUAUUCCCAAGAAGCCUGGUCACAUAAUCAAGGGUAUGAUGGACAGUGUCAAGAAAGAGGAGAAUGUGGAACUACAGCAGCGCUCUGCGACUGCAGUGGCAGGUCUUAUCGAACAUUACACAGCCGCCACCAAGCGUGGACCGGUGGAUAAGAUUAUUGGAAACCUGGUCAAGUACUGCUGUGUGGACACCUCCGAAACACCCGAAUUCCCCCACAAUGCAAAGUUGGAGAAAACAAUUCUGUCACUGCGCAAAGAGGAGGAUCGACGCGACCAUCCAGAUGCGGCCAAAUUCGAAAGAGAAGCCAAGGAAGCACGGAUUAUGCGCCGCGGCGCCAAGGAUGCGCUAGAGCAGCUGGCAGUCAAGUUCGGUGCUGAGCUCCUGGAGAAGGUUCCGAAUCUCGCGAAACUGGUCGAACGACCUCUGAGAGAUGCUCUGGCAAAGGAUGAACUCCCCGAAAACAUCACUGAUCCGGAUAAUGAACUUGGCCAAGAAAUUGUGGAUGGUCUCUCUACACUACGAGCUCUGCUGCCCAAAUUCGAUGCUGGUCUUUACCCAUGGGUUAUCGAUCUUAUGCCCAUUAUUGCCAAGGGGCUACAGUGCCGACUUUCCGUGAUCCGCUAUGCAGCGGCCAAAUGCUUCGCUACGAUCUGCAGUGUCAUCACCGUCAAGGGCAUGACCAUGCUGGUAGAGAAGGUCCUGCCAAUCAUCAACAAUGGAUUGGAUGUGAACCAUCGCCAAGGUGCGAUUGAGUGUAUCUACCAUCUCAUCCAUGUCAUGGAAGAUGGAAUUCUGCCCUAUGUUAUCUUCCUGGUGGUUCCUGUCCUUGGCCGCAUGAGCGAUUCCGACAAUGAUGUGCGUCUUCUGGCAACAACCUCAUUCGCGACUCUUGUCAAGUUGGUUCCUCUGGAAGCCGGUAUUCCCGACCCCCCUGGUUUCUCGGAAGAGUUGCUCAAGGGCCGAGACCGAGAGAGGAAGUUCAUGUCUCAGAUGCUGGAUGUGCGCAAGGUCGAGGCAUUUGAAAUCCCGGUCGGGAUCAAGGCAGAGCUUCGACCUUACCAGCAAGAUGGUGUCAAUUGGCUUGCUUUCCUCAAUCGAUACAAUCUCCACGGUAUUCUUUGCGAUGACAUGGGUCUCGGAAAGACUUUGCAGACCAUUUGUAUGGUGGCAAGUGACCACCAUAUGCGAGCGGAAGAGUUCGCCAAGAGUCAAUCCACGGACUCUCGAAAACUGCCCUCUUUGAUCGUCUGCCCGCCGUCUCUAUCUGGACACUGGCAGCAAGAGAUCAAGCAAUAUGCUCCAUUCCUUAGUUGUAUUGCAUAUGUCGGCCCUCCCGCAGAACGGUCAAGACUCCAACCCAUGCUGUCUACCUCAGAUGUGAUUGUCACUUCCUACGAUGUUUGCAGGAAUGACAACGAUAUCCUCAGCGCCAUCAACUUCAACUACUGCGUGCUUGACGAGGGUCAUCUUAUCAAGAACCCCAAAGCCAAGAUCACGUCUUCAGUCAAGAAGUUGGCCAGUAACCAUCGUCUGAUUCUGUCUGGUACCCCGAUUCAGAACAAUGUGCUUGAGCUGUGGUCCCUGUUUGACUUCUUAAUGCCCGGAUUCUUGGGAACAGAGAAGGUCUUCUUGGACCGCUUUGCCAAGCCCAUUGCAGCGAGUCGUUUCAGCAAAUCCUCUUCCAAGGAACAAGAGGCAGGUGCUUUAGCAAUUGAAGCUCUACACAAACAGGUCUUGCCAUUCUUGCUGCGCCGUCUGAAGGAGGAAGUCUUGAAUGAUCUUCCUCCCAAGAUCAUCCAGAACUAUUACUGCGACCCAAGUGAACUGCAGAAGAAACUGUUCGAGGAUUUCUCUAAGAAGGAGCAGAAGGAAUUGGCAGAUAAGGUAGGCAGCGCAGAUCGUGGCGACAAGGAGCACAUCUUCCAGGCACUUCAGUACAUGCGACGUCUGUGUAACUCCCCUGCAUUGGUGGUCAAGGAAGGCCACAAGCAGUACAAUGAGGUGCAGAACUUCCUAGCUGCCAAGCGGUCAAACAUCCGAGAUGUUUCUCACGCGCCCAAGUUGAACGCCCUGAAAGACUUGCUGGUGGAUUGCGGCAUUGGCCUUGACCACACAGCAGAGGGUGAGCUCGACACAGGCGCAAGCUAUGUCAGUCCCCACCGAGCCCUCGUGUUCUGUCAGAUGAAGGAGAUGUUGGACAUUGUGCAGAAUGAUGUCCUAAAGAAAUUGCUCCCAUCUGUUCAAUACCUUCGCCUGGAUGGAGGCGUGGAAGCGACAAAGCGCCAGGACAUCGUCAACCGGUUCAACACCGACCCGAGUUAUGAUGUCUUACUCUUGACCACCAGUGUUGGUGGAUUGGGUCUUAACCUCACGGGCGCAGACACUGUCAUCUUCGUGGAGCACGACUGGAACCCGCAAAAGGAUAUCCAGGCUAUGGAUCGCGCUCAUCGUAUCGGCCAAAAGAAGGUUGUCAAUGUGUACCGCCUAAUCACGCGAGGUACUUUGGAGGAGAAGAUCUUGAAUCUGCAACGAUUCAAGAUCGACGUCGCCUCCACAGUAGUCAAUCAACAGAACGCCGGUCUUGGCACAAUGGACACAGAUCAACUGCUAGACCUCUUCAAUCUCGGCGAAACCGCCGAUACAGCCGAGAAACCAAGCGACUCCGCCGGCAACGAAGUCGACAUGGUCGACAUUGACGGCGAAGUCAAGGAGAAGGGCAAGAAGGGCUGGCUGGACGACCUGGGCGAGCUCUGGGAUGACCGCCAGUACCAGGAAGAAUACAACCUGGAUUCAUUCCUGGAGACCAUGAAAAACUGA